GCUCUCAAUCCUCCCUCGCGGAGAUCCGCGUAAUAUUCCGUCGCGCAAGCAAUCAAAAAGCUCACUCCCUCCACGGCUCCUCUUCCUCCCUCCUGCUUUCUUCCUCGACCUGUACUUGUCACGGAGUUUCCUCCUCUCUUGCUCGAGGUUUGACCAUCGUUUCCCUCUGUUUCUCGGGCAGCUCCGUGCGGGUCUCCUGAAGCGUCGGUCUCUCCGGAACAUUCGUGGCUCGUGUUUCUUGGUUCGUUCCAGCAGUAGUAGAGACAAUUCCUUUGGCUGUGAAGGUUCAACAGCUGAAUCUGGUAGCGACUUCUUUGAAGCAAUGAGCUCUGAGUCUAAGAAAUCCUCUUCAAAUGGAAAUGAGAAACUUUUAACAUCAGAAGAGCAGCAGGCAAAGAUUAAUGAGUUGAGGAGAUUGAUUGGGACGGCAGCAUUGCCAGAAAAGUUAUCGAUUUAUUGUUCGGAUGCAUCGCUUGCUAGACACUUAAGGGCUCGGAAUUGGAAUGUGAAGAAAGCAACUAAGAUGCUUAAAGAUACCUUGAAGUGGAGAUCAGAAAAUAAGCCUGAAGAAAUUCGUUGGGAAGACAUUGCUCAUGAGGCUGAGACUGGGAAAAUCUACAGAUCGAAUUAUGUAGACAAACAUGGCAGGACAGUUCUGGUCAUGAGGCCUAGUCACCAGAACUCGAAGUCAACAAAAGGACAAAUUAAGUACUUGGUUUAUUGCAUGGAAAAUGCUAUUUUGAAUCUGCCGUCCAACCAAGAGCAGAUGGUCUGGCUGAUAGAUUUCCAGGGUUUCAAUAUGUCACAUAUAUCAGUGAAGGUGACAAAGGAGACGGCCCAUGUAUUACAGGAUCAAUACCCAGAACGUCUUGGUGUUGCCAUCCUAUAUAACCCUCCUAAAUUCUUUGAACCAUUCUUUUCGGUGGUGAAACCCUUCCUUGAGCCCAAAACUUACAAUAAGGUAAAGUUUGUCUACUCAGAUGACCUCAACUCGAAGAAAAUAAUGGAGGAUCUGUUUGAUAUGGAUCGGCUUGAAUCCGCAUUUGGUGGCAAUGAUGCUAAUGGUUUUGACAUUGGUAAGUAUGCCGAGAGGAUGAGAGAAGACGACAAGAGGAUGCCGUUGGCUUGGACAAGAGGGAGCAUUCCGUUGGCAACCCAAGCAGCAGCCAUAACCGUUUCUGCUUCUUUAGAUUCCAUUACUUUAUCAGAUUCUGAUCCCUCAGACAAUGAGAAGGCAGAAGAUAUAAUGGGUGGAGUAGAGUCGGAGAUAGUGACGCCCAUCGAUGCCGUGGCGUCAACAAAUAUAGGUGAUAACUGCAGCACGAGCGUGCACUCUUAAAAGAGAACGUGUGCAAGCUUUGAUGUCAUUCUAACCUAGACAUGUAAGUGCAGAUUUUGCACUUUGACCAUUUCGGGAUUCUAGUUAGAGCUUGAACUGGUCUUCUGUCAAUUAUUUAAUUAAUGAAGUUGCCUUGUGGCAUCAAGUGACUUUCUAAUAUGGAGUUUCAGGUCGUGUUCCCUGGUGCUUU